CCGGAAGCGGCGGCGCAUGCGCGGUGAGGCCGGGCCCGGCGCGGCGCUGCCGGGAGGGCGGAGAAGGGCCGAGUCCGACCCCACCGGCCCCGGGACCGGCCCCGGCCUCGGCCCCCGGACCCCGGUACCGGGACCCGGCGCUAUGAUGCGGUUCAUGCUCCUCUUCAGCCGGCAAGGCAAACUCCGACUCCAGAAAUGGUACCUGGCCACCGCUGACAAGGACAAGAAGAAGAUGGUGAGGGAGCUCAUGCAGGUCGUCCUGGCCCGCAAACCCAAGAUGUGCAGCUUCCUCGAGUGGAGGGACCUCAAGGUCGUCUACAAAAGGUACGCCAGCCUCUACUUCUGCUGCGCCAUUGAAGGGCAGGACAACGAGCUCAUCACGCUGGAGCUGAUCCACCGCUACGUCGAGCUGCUCGACAAGUAUUUCGGCAGCGUCUGUGAACUCGACAUCAUCUUCAACUUCGAGAAGGCUUAUUUCAUCCUGGACGAGUUUGUCAUGGGGGGGGAGAUCCAGGACACCUCCAAGAAGAGCGUCCUGAAGGCCAUCGAGCAGGCGGAUCUGCUGCAGGAGGAGGACGAGUCACCCCGCAGUGUGCUGGAGGAGAUGGGGCUGGCGUAGCCCCCCCCCAUAUUUGGGGGGGGGGACACACCCCCACAUUAAGGAGGGAGUCGCUUCUCCCCCCAACCCCGGCUCAGCCACAUGGGACCAAUCACACCCUGGAGACGAUGACGGGGAGGGGGGACACACACGACAUGGCCCCCCCAAACUGUAAAUAUAUAUAUACAUAUGGGGGCCUUGGGGGGGGUGGUCCCCUAUUUUGGGGGGGGUGAAACUCCGCUGGGUCCCUGUGCCCCUCCCAUCACGGGUUGGGGACACCCCUGUACCCUCUGUUUUGGGGCGGGAGGGGGUUCACAAGUGGAUGCCCCCCUCCCAAACUGGGCACAGACCCUCAGGCCCUUCUGGGGUGCUGGGGGGUGGGGUGGGGGAAACAGGGUCACUCCUUUGGGGGUGUUGUCUCCCCCCUUUUUCUGUGCCCCCCCCCCAUCAUGGGACCACCACCCCCCUCCUGCUUUGGAAUAAAGCCUGUGGAGACUCA